CUUCAACGCGGGACAAUGAAAUCGCGGUAACACAGCCAUGAAUUCGCCUUUUAAGUCGUGUACGAGGUUAGGCGCCCUACGGUCGGCACCGUGGUGCCCCGCGUGGGCGUCUCCGGCGAGGAGUUGCAGGAUAUGGGAGGGAAGGAGGGGAAUUGCGAUGAGCCAGGUGGACAAGAAAACGGUAGAGAAGCUGCCAUUGGCUGGCAUUAGGGUGUUGGACAUGACCAGGGUGCUUGCAGGGCCGUACUGCACGCAGAUACUGGGAGACCUUGGAGCAGAGAUUAUCAAGAUCGAGCACCCGACAAGAGGAGACGACACGCGCUCCUGGGGUCCACCAGACGCGCCUUACAUUGAUGGCGUUGAGCGCCAGUUCCCCGGGGAAAGCGCAUACUACCUUUCCGUAAACCGCAACAAGAAGUCCCUCGGCCUCUCCUUCAACAAUCCCACCGGAAUCUCCAUCCUGCACAAACUCGUCCAAAAAUGCGACGUCCUGGUAGAAAACUACCUCCCGGGAAGUCUCGCAAAAUACAAACUCGACUACGCCACAGUCUCGCAGCUGAACCCUUCGCUUGUAUACGCCUCCGUCACUGGAUACGGCCAGACGGGGCCUUACAGCGACCGCGCCGGCUACGACGUCAUGGUGGAGGCGGAGAUGGGACUCAUGCACAUCACGGGCGAGAGAGAUGGGCCACCGGUAAAGGUUGGGGUCGCAGUGACGGAUCUCACGACGGGCAUGUAUACAGCGAUUGGGGUGCUUGCGGCGCUGUAUGCGAGGAGGGAGACCGGGCUGGGACAGUGGAUUGAUGCCAGUCUGAGUGAUUGUCAGGUGGCUGGAUUGGCAAAUAUUGCGAGUUCGGCGUUGAUAAGUGGAAAGAAGGAUAGCGGGCGGUGGGGGACUGCUCAUGCGUCCGUGGUCCCGUACCGUGCAUACAAAACAAAGGACACGAAUAUCGCGGUUGGCGGCUGCAACGAUAGGCUCUACGGCAUUCUCUGCGACAAGAUUGGGAAGCCGGAGUGGAAGACAGAUUCGCGCUUCGUCACGAACGCACUGCGAGUGAAGAACCGGGAUACUCUCGAUCGGAUCAUAGAAGACGAGCUCAAGACGAAGGCAACGCAGGAGUGGCUCGACAUCUUCGAAGGGAGCGGCAUGCCAUACGCUGCUGUCAAUGAUAUUCAGGGCACGAUAAAUCAUGAGCAUGUUCUUGCAAGGAAUAUGAUCGAGAAGGUCGAUCAUCCAGCCUGCGGACCGAUGAAGCUCGUCAAUCACCCCGUGAAAUACUCUCGCGCGGAGCCGAAGAUUAGAUCGCCGCCUCCGAUGCUGGGAGAGCACACCGACGAGGUCCUGAGAGAGCUGCUUGAUUUCAGCGAGGACGAUAUACAGGAUCUGAGAGAACAGAAGACAGUUGCAUAGAACUAUCAGUAUACAUCGGCGGCUGGUUGCUCAACAUCUCGUAGC